AUGGCUUGCCGCUCCUGUGUCACUGGUUUCAGCAGCAUCAGCAGCUGUGAGGUGAAUCCAAUAUGCAGCCCCCAGCCUGGGACCUUGGGAUGGGACAGCUGUGGGGCCCCUGGGCCAGGCUUCAGCUCCCGUAGCCUCACGGGAUGCCAACCGACUGGCACCAUCCCCAAGGUGACCUUGAACCCUAGCCUGCUGGUGCCCUUGGACCUGAAGGUGGACCCAGCUAUUCAGCAGCAGAAGAACCAGGAGAAGGAGGAGAUGAAGAUCCUCAAUGACAAGUUUGCCUCCUUGAUUGGCAAGGUACAAGCCCUGGAGCAGCGUAAUCAGCUGCUGGAGACCCGCUGGAGCUUCCUGCAGGGGCAAGACUCCAGUGUCUUCGACCUGGGGCACCUCUACGAGGAAUACCAGGGCCAGCUGCAGGAGCAGCUGCGCAAAGUCAGCCAGGAGCGGGGACAGCUGGAAGCCAACCUGCUGCAGGUGCUCGGGAAGGUAGAAGAGUUCCGAAUCAGGUAUGAGGAGGAGAUCUCCAAGCGCACAGACAUGGAGUUCACCUUCGUCCAGCUGAAGAAGGACCUGGACACAGAGUGUCUUCGACGGACUGAACUGGAAACCAAGUUAAAAGGUCUGAAGAGCUUCAUGGAGCUGAUGAAAACCAUCUAUGAGCAGGACCUGAAGGACCUGACAACCCAAGUGAAGGACGUGUCUGUGACCGUGGGCAUGGACAGCCGCUGCCACAUCAACCUGAGUGACAUUGUGGAGGAGGUGAAAGCCCAGUAUGAUGCCAUCGCAGCACGCAGCCUGGAGGAGGCUGAGGCGUACUCCAGGAGCCAGCUGGAGGAGCGAGCUGCCCGCUCGGCGGAGUUUGGCAUCAGCCUGCAGAGCAGCCGCAGUGAAAUUGCAGACCUCAACGUGCGCAUCCAGAAGCUCCGAUCCCAGAUCCUCUCCACCAAGAGCCACUGCCUAAAACUGGAGGAGAACAUCAAGGCGGCCGAGGAGCAGGGUGAGCUGGCCUUUCAGGAUGCUAAGGCCAAGCUGGCCCAGCUGGAAGCCGCCCUGCAGCAGGCCAAGCAGGACAUGGCACGGCAACUGCGCGAGUACCAGGAGCUCAUGAACACCAAGCUGGCCCUGGACAUCGAGAUCGCCACCUACAGCAAGCUGGUAGAGGGCGAGGAGAGCCGGAUGGAGCUGCCCUCGGCUGCUGUGGUCAGCGCUGUGCAGUCCCAAUGCAGAACAACUGCUUCCAAUUCAGGCUUCUCCAAGGCCCCCUCCCGGAAGAAGAAAACCAAAAGCCACGUGAUCAAAAUCACCGAAACGUCUGCGAAGUUCCUCUCCCAGGAGUCGGAAGCCUCAGAUUAA